GGGGGUGAAUAGUUGAGGGGCGUGAUGGGGGAGGCGGCCGUGGCCGCGGGGCCUUGCCCGCUGCGCGAGGAUAGCUUCACGCGCUUCUCGUCGCAGAGCAAUGUGUACGGGCUGGCGGGCGGCGCGGGCGGACGCGGGGAGCUGCUGGCCGCCACCCUUAAAGGCAAGGUGCUGGGCUUCCGCUACCAAGACCUCCGACAGAAAAUCCGGCCUGUGGCCAAGGAGCUGCAGUUCAACUACAUUCCCGUGGACGCCGAGAUUGUCUCCAUCGACACCUUCAACAAGUCGCCCCCAAAGCGGGGCCUGGUUGUGGGGAUCACGUUCAUCAAGGAUUCAGGGGACAAGGGCAGCCCCUUCCUUAACAUUUACUGCGAGUAUGAACCUGGCUCUGAGUACAACCUCGACUCCAUUGCCCAGAGCUGCCUGAACCUGGAGCUCCAGUUCACUCCUUUCCAGCUGUGCCAUGCAGAGGUUCAGGUCGGGGAUCAACUGGAGACCGUGUUUCUCCUGAGUGGGAAUGACCCGGCCAUUCAUCUCUACAAGGAGAACGAGGGGCUGCAUCAGUUUGAGGAACAGCCCGUGGAAAACCUCUUCCCAGAGCUCACGAACCUGACCAGUAGCGUCCUCUGGCUCGAUGUCCACAACCUCCCUGGCACAUCCCGGCGGCUCUCCGCCCUCGGCUGUCAGAGUGGUUACGUCCGUGUCGCCCACGUGGACCAGCGGAGUCGAGAGGUCCUACAGACGUGGACGAUCCUGCAGGAUGGCCCCAUCUCCCGAGUGAUCGUGUUCAGCCUCUCAGCCCCCGAGGAGGCCAAGGAGAGGCCACAGGAGGACGAGUACAGCGUGCUUGUGACCAGCAUGUUGGAGCCAGCAGUGGUGUACCGGGACCUGCUAAGCCGGGGCCUUGAAGACCAGCUUCUCCUGCCCGGCAGCGACCAGUUUGACAGCAUCCUCUGUGGCCUGGUCACCGACAUAGACUUGGAUGGGCGGCCGGAAGUCCUGGUGGCCACCUAUGGACAGGAGCUACUCUGUUACAAGUACGGUGACCCGGAGUCCGGGCUCCCCGAGGCCGAGCGUGGAUUCCGCUUGCUGUGGCAGCGAAGCUUCUCCAGCCCCCUGCUGGCCAUGGCUCACGUGGACCUGACGGGGGAUGGGCUGCGGGAGCUCGCCGUGGUCUCCCUGAAGGGCGUGCACAUCCUGCAGCACAGCCUGAUCCAAGCCUCGGAGCUGGUCAUCACCCGGCUUCGGCAUCAAGUGGAGCAGAGGAGACGUCAGCCACAAAGGCUGGGGGACACGGUGGCUCCAGGGCCUGCUGAGACCCCGGCCCCCUGAGCACCCACCCACCGCCCGCCCCAGGCCUGGGGACAGUUGACUGGGGCAGUCACCUCCAGCCGCUUCUGGUGGGGGAAGCAUCCUGAAGGAGGGGAUGGUCUCCCCAGGCCCCCCGGGGCGGUGGAGCUGUGGGUUCCUGUCCUGCCCCAGUGUGCCCUGUCACCCUGGCUCACACGCCCCUCUCUCUGUGCCUCGGUGUCCCCACUGGAAAACGGGAUGAUCUCACCCGACCCCCCUCCGCUCCGGAUGAGAACUGGUUAGCUGACAGUUAUUUUAUACGUCCAGAGGAACCAGA